AUGAAGCUCGCUACUGUUUUCGGCGCUGUUGCGCUUUGCGUUACCCCGGUCUUCAGCAGUGUCCUGCUGCCCACUGGCACUGUUGGUCACAACUACACUGUCGUUCCCUCUGGUGGUCCCAGCGCCGUUCCUUCGCACCUUCUCUCUACUCGCAACCUUCAGAACGAGACGCUGUCUGCUGUCCCUAAGCUCGGCAACUUCGGCUUCAAGAGGACCCCCGUUCGCCAGACCAGACGCUUCAACGCAUAA